AUGUCUACAGAAAAAUUGAUAGAAGCCGUCUCGAUUGCGAUGGACGGACCGCAUAUGACAUAUGGGAAUGAUGCACGCAGGAAUAUCUUGCUGACAACAUUUGGGUACAACAAAGGUGGUACGUUUAUCUUAAAGCUAUAUAAUUUCACGGUUCCGGCAGAAUUGGUGUCACCCGAUGUGACGCGAGAACAGCGUAACACUGAUCGAUUCGGUGUCAUUGGUUUUACACUCUCACGAGGCAAAGACAUACUGGAUGGCGUUAGAUCGAAACCGCAUGUGUGUCAAUUAUCACAAUUUGAUCAAGGUUUUGAUGCACUGUUCUUCGUCUUCAACUUUACCGAGAAUGGUUUAAAAGUUAUACGUACAGGAUCAGUCUACGAUUUACAGCUCUGUAAAAAUUUAGAAAGUUGUCCAGAUAAAACAGAACCAACAUCGUUAGAGGCACCACCGAGGAAUAACGCCGGGCUAUCUGUCAAAGAUUCACCAAAUGGACCAGGUUUUUUCGAUAAAUUAUACAACAUAUUAUUCCCAACGACUGCAACGAGAAUACCAUAUAAAGAUUAUCUUCCUUUAAAUCUUUCUGGAGAUCAGUAUUCUACUUCGGUUACAAUACGGUUCAAGGAACGGCAACAAGGCAAUUACAAUUUCAUUUAUCACAACUGUUUCAAUUACCGAGCACAUGGUUACAGCAAUCAAGUUGCUGUACACUUCACUGUUGACAUUGUCGAGCGUAAUCCGGGAUCAUAUCUUCCUGCUGGUGAUAUAGCAAAGCCGAAAUUGUACUUAUGCAUGGCGGCAGUAUUUACAAUUGCCGCUUGUUUAUGGAUACGGAAUAUUUGCCAUUCAAGAUUAAAAGGUGCGCUCUUAUUUGGAACAAUUAUUCUGAUUGGUACAGGGUAUACGUUUUUCAAGAAGUUUUUGACUGAUCGUGACCGAAAAUUGUUUAUAAUUGUUCUACCGCUUCAGGUGAUCGACAAUGUUGCAUUGAUUAUUAUUGAAGAAAGUGAAUUCGGGGAGCAGGGCUAUCAAUUAUGGUUGCAAGCAUUUAUAUUUUUCGACAUUGCUUGUUGUUCAGCAAUAAUUCUUCCAGUCAUAUGGUCGAUGCGUCAUCUACAGGAAGGUGCUCGAAGUGAUGGAAAAACAGCUUUUAAUUUAGAAAAAUUGAAAUUAUUCCGACAUUUCUACUUGGCCAUAAUUGGUUAUAUCUAUCUGACUCGUGUAAUUAAGUUCGUCAUUGAGGCGGUGGUACCUUUUAAUUACGAUUGGGUAACUGAUUUCGUAGUUGAAUUCUCAACACUUCUAUUUUUCUUAACUGCUGGCUAUCAGUUCAGGCCGCAGGAAAGAAAUCCGUACCUCAAAUUGGAUCAAGAUUAUGACGAUGGUGAAGCAUUAACAAAAAAUGGUAUUUUCGAGAAUAUUUCGCGCUUGAAACGAGUUUCUAUACGUGAUGAAACUCUAGAUAACAAAUCGGGUACUCUGGGUGCAAAUGAUAUGGAUUCAGAAGACAGUGCUCCAGAAGAUAUCUUCCAUGAACGAGGAAUAAAAUCGGCAUCGAAAUCAUCAAUACUUUAA